AUGAAAAAUACACAAGGUCUACAUUUCGCAAUGUCUGAAAAAUCCAAAGCCCUUGAAACUAGGCCCUCCCUCGACUCCGAGUCCGAGGCUGGCCCGUCAGCGCCCAACGAGGCACCACCGCCAUCCUUCCAGGAAUCUGUCGAGAACGACGCCGCAGCUUUCAAAACCCAGUUCGCAUGCGUCGAGAUCCGUCCAUCGGACCGUAUCAGGCUCAUCAACUUUGAAGAGACCGACGUAUCGGCCGUGCACCAGGUGGUGAGGACCAGCUGGUCCAGGGGCAUCGACAGGGUCCGGCCCUUUGGUGAAUCGAGAGAAAUGAAGCUCCAUGGGACUCCUUGGAGCUAUAGAUCCAACGGAGACGACGAUGCUCGACGGCUACUGCUGCGUAUUAUUGAAUGCUUGCACGACAUUGGCUGGGUACUCCAGUCCGCCUUUGACAUUACCAAGAACUCAUCAAGCAGAGACAGCCUGGUAUUCCGGAAGCAAGAACCUGCACCUUCGCCUUGCGACUGGAUAGCCGUCUCAUUCGAUAGUAAUGACAAGCUCAAGAUAAUCGGCUCCCCACCGCCGGAACUAGUCGCCCGGCUUCUCCAGGCCUUUAGCGUUGAGAUCCAGAGGCACGAGGCGACGGUGGAGCGCGUCAAAAUCAAGUUCUGGGGCCAUCCGUGGACACCCUCGGGCCAAGACACGGUAACGACGAGCCUCAAGCUCCUGUCUCUGCUCGAAGUACUCGAGAUCUGCGGCUUCACCCUCUACGGUACUGUCGGUGCACGGCACGAGGAUGAUACCGCUUCGGCAGACAUCAUGCACCCUAGUUUUGACUCUCUCCCCUUCGACAAGAAUGGCCCGCAUGGCAAUGCAUGGGGCAUUUGGGGUCCCGACGACCAACUCGGGACGCUAAAUCUUCUUACAGACGAAGUCGUUCGCGAAGCGGCCAAGGAAAACAUCAAGACGGGCUCCAGAGUGUCGUUGAAUUGGUCAAUGACCGGGGCGUCGUAUCCCAAGUUUGCUCGCAAACUUUUAGACUUGCACUUGAUCAACAAGGCCCCUCUUAAGCAUGCGCAUGACGACGAGUGGAUGUUCAACUCUCAGUGCAGCUCACAGUGGGAUGGAUUCCGGCAUUAUGCCUAUCAAAAUGAAGCAUUGUAUUACAUGGGCCGCACUGCUGAGCAGUUUGCCGCUUCGGACCAGCCAAACAGUGUUCAUCAUGUCUCAGCCAAGGGUAUUGCUGGCCGCGCCGUCUUCAUCGACUGGUAUGCUUGGGCUCAGAAACAGGGCUUAAAAGUGGACGCCAUGUCUUCUCACGAGGUUCCAUUUUCCGAACUAGUCGAAACCCUCAAGUUUCAGGGCAUGGAUCUCGACGUUUUCAGGCCCGGCGAUAUUGUCGUCGUUCGCUUUGGGUAUCUGGAGCAGUAUGAGAACAUGAGCCAGGAGAAACGGCAACACCUCGACAAUCUCUACAAGACUCAGAAGCCCGACAAUAUUGGCCUCAAACCAUCCGAAGAGCUCUUGCGCUUCCUAUGGGAUAGAAAGAUUGCUGCCAUUUGUGGUGACUCGCGCUCUCUGGAGGUAUGGCCAUGCAAGGAUACCGAAUGGCAUCUACAUGAGUGGCUCCUGGCUGGCUGGGGCAUGCCCAUUGGAGAAUUGUUUUACUUGGAGGAACUGGCCAAGAUGUGUAGUUCCUCGGGACGAUACACUUUCUUCAUGUCCAGUUCUCCAAUGAAUGUACCGGGUGCCGUAGCAAGCCCCCCGAAUGCACUUGCGUUUUUCUAG